GUUGCAUCUGGCGACAUGGUGAUGAAGUCUGGUGAGCAUCAAGGGAUACUCACACAGAAUGAUAAAGUCAUCGCGUUUGAGAUGGAAAGUGCGGGAAUUUGGGAUGAAAUUCGGUCCGUUGUUGUGAAGGGAGUUUGCGACUAUGCGGACAGUCACAAAAACAAAAAAUGGCAAGACUUUGCUGCUCUAACGUCCGCAUCAACAGUGAAGGCCCUGCUUGAGCGAUGGAACCCGAUAGACCAAGCUGUUAGAUCCGUCGUUAGCGAGGGUGGGUAGUGCCUGUUUGCUUGGUGCUAAUGCCUCUAUUGCACGAACCCUCAAAUGACUGAGUCAAGACUGGAAGCUAGUGUCUU